ACUUGGGCAGGGAAGAGUUUGAGAGAGGACAGAGGGGCAGAAGCCGUGACACGGGAGUCUGGGCGCCUCGGUCCUGGUUUUCUCUAGCACAGGCUGUGCCGCCUCGGCGCUGCUUGGCAGAAGACGACGGGAGCUGCUGUUUGCCCGGCAGGGAAGGCAGCGGGGUCUCGCGGCUGUGCUCCGGGGAGAGCGUCUGCAGUCCGAACCCCACCAGACGCCCCAGCCUGCCUUCUCGUGCAUCUUCCAGCUGCCUUCAGGGUUAGGAGGGACAGGUUAGUUAGCAAAGCUGCUGAAGGUAUGGCUUAAAAGAGAGUGAGUGUACACCCGGGGUCUGGAGGUGCUCGGUAGUUUCUGCCUCCGUGAGGGCACCGCUCUGCAUGGUGUCCCUGUGAAAUUAAGAAUUGCUGGAGAUCAUAGGAGAAAAGCUCCCACUUGCUCCAGAGCAGCUCCUUGGGCUUUUGAAGAGGGGACGAGAAACCCAGCCAAAAAAGCUUCCUUGCAACAUCUGCUCCAGCUGCCUGUUGGCCCAUGGGGUGUUGGAGCUAAGAAUAGCUCAGCCUGCUUUGCCAGGUGUGCAGAGACUGUUUGCAAGAACCCGUCUUGUGUCUGCUCCUCUGAAACCUUCUCUGCAUCCACAGCGUGGCUUGAGCAAUUCCCCUUUCCCUGUUGACCUGGGCUGUGACAAAGCCUUGCCAGAUGAUCUCAUUUCCUGUGCUUGCACUUCAAUCCUGGCACUUAGUCUUGAGAUGCUGGGGCUGAUUGUUGUUAGAAAAAAAGAAACUGUAGUGUGUUUUAAUACACCGGCUGCAAGGCUCACAGCUCCUCCUGAUCCCCAGGAGCAGCCCUGUCUCUUACUCUGUAUUUACACCAGUGGCAAAUAAGCUCAAGAGCUGGGCCCUUGUCCCUAAUUAUCCAACUUAAUCGUAGUGCUAGCUGAUAGCUUAUCAGAUUUACAGCCUUGCUUCUCAGGCCUCAUCCAGCCAUGCUUGUCGCCUGGCUCCAGCAGGGCUGCAGGCUAGCCAUAGAUUUGAUAAGCGGGUGCUGUGAUGCUCCUGAAAGGACGUGACAACGUGGGCAUGGCAAAGAGCACCGCCAAGUGCCACCGUUCUGCCGAGCGCGCUUUGUCAUGGAGCAGAGGCGCGUGCUCCAGAGCUGGUGCUGUGGGAGGGACGCAGGCGGCUGAGGGAGGGACCGAGACGCCUGCAGCGUGCGGCUCCGUCAGGCGUGUGCCUGCAUUUCCCUGCUAGGCGAUCCGAUUGCCACUUCACAGCAGGGAUGGAUCCCCCAAGGAUGGGGUUGUGGCCUGGGUUGCUGCUGCUGAGCAGAGGUGCAGAGGCAGCCUGGGGGCCACCAGCCCCUGUGCUGCACGCAGGCUGCUCUCUGUGCCCAGGCAACCAUCUCCCAGUGGCGGCACGUCUGCUCUUGCCGUGCUCUGCGGGGUGGGAAGAGCACCUGUGCCCAGGCCCGCGAUGGCACAAGCCUCUGCACCCUCGGGCUUUAGCUCCCGAAGGCUGCCUGGGGCCUUGCUGUGCCCCACGUGGGGCUUGUGCAAGACGAUGGGCUCCCCCGCUGCCUUGUUAAAGCUGCUGCUUGCAAAUUCGCAAGGUAAAUUAUUCAAAUAAGUUUCUGCAGCUCAGGAGCGGGUAAGAGCAGGUUCUCCCCAUGUCACCGAGACCCAAAGAUCCAGGAUGCACAGCCAGCACAAGGCUCCUGGGGCCUGGCUUUAUACCAAUGGGCUGCUGUGGGGCUGAGACCUGGUGCAGCUUGAGGCACAGCUGGCCAUGGCUGCAGCCUGGGGCUGCCCUGCUGCAGGGGAAGAAGCUUUGGGGGGAGAGUUGGCCUUACUGCCCCUUGCGUUGCUGAGCCAGAGCCCAUCGCAUCCCACCCCACUGCCUUUCCCAGCCAGGGGAAACCCAGGGUGGUGGGUCGGAGCCGGAGCGGGGCCGCCUUGGUCUGCAAAGGGGCAGGAGCGAGGCCGGCCAGCACUGGGGUAAAACUAGAGGCUCUCCCUGACAUUUAUAAGGGUGAAUUGAGCUCCCCGAGGAGGCUGAGGCCCAGUCGGGAAGGAAGGCUCUGGGGGCUGAGAUCAGGCACAGCUUGGUGCACGGGGCACUCUAGGACCCCUCCGUGCACACAAGCCCAGCUGCACUGCAACCCAGCCCCAGCCAAUCCUCAUGCAGCAGCACAGCCUCCCAGCCAAUCCUGCGCUGCCACCUGUCCUUUUCCCCCACCAAUCCCCCAUUCUGCUGUCAUGCUGCUCUCCACCAAUCACAAUUGAGCAAUGCCUGGCCCUAGCCAAUCCAAAGCCACCACCUGGCUCCUCUCCUAACCAACUGGGUGCUGCCAUCUGUCCCUGCUACCAGCCAACCCCGCAUUACCCUUUGUUGCAGCAGCCCACCAAUCUCAGGUCAAGUGGGGCUGGCCCCAGCCAAUCCAGUUCCACCAUCUGUCAGCAGCCCUGGCCAAUCGGGGACAGCCACACCCAGCUGGAGGGUAUAAAAGCCAGCCAGGCAGGCUGGGCUGGGGAACCAGGCUGAGCUGGUUGGAGAGGCUGCCCAGCCAGCCUUCAGACUGAGGGUCCAUGGAGGAGCUUGCAGGCUUCAGUAAACAUUAAGACCUGUUCCUGGAUUCAGGAACCUGCUUAUGGUGGUUAAUCUUUCCUGUGGUAGCUGACUGCAGCUGAAGUGACUGGAAGAAUAAUUGCCCUCUAGAAGAGCUCCUCUGUCUCCUGUGAAUAAGGCACUGGAGAGGUUGCACAUGCAGCAGGGCUUGAUGAUGGCUCUUCACAUCACCUGGUGCCCUGAUGCUGUAAAGUGCCUUCUGUGUAAAUGUGAAGUGCCAAGGGGAUCUGUGAUCAAACACUUGGCUGUUGUCUCAGGCUGGGGACUGUGAAUCAAAGGAGGUCUCCCUCAUCUGAAGAAGGCUAAUGAGAGCUGUGUCAGCUGAAGAUGCUGCUGAGGAUGUCUCAGAAAUGGCUUUUGGGGUAAGCUGGCCUUGCACCUGGAAUUGCCUGCUAGGAUAUGGGGAGUCUGAUUUGCCUUUGUUCAGAAGAAACAUGACCUUGGCAAGGUGCUUCUCUGGGGCUGUGUGAAGUCCUUCACCAUGGCCUGGUGAUCAGGGCUGGGUUCUGCAGUGGGACUGCUGCCACAGGACUGGAGAUGAGGAGCACCUGGCCUCUGUGUGCUUCCAGGGAAGGGUGUGACGGUGCUGGGUUCCUCACCCAUGUUUUCACAGAUUGCCUUCAGCUGUAACCUGCAGAGCAGAAAUACUCCUAAUACUAACCCUGCCCCUUGCCUUCUGUCCUGACUGGUACCAUGUCCAGUUGCUUCCCACUUGGGCUUCUGAUCAAACUUGUCCCAGGUGUCAGUGUCUGAACUGCUGAAGCUGUUCUGGGAUGCACCAACUGGCUGUUGACUACUGAAGACUGCCCAGCUAGCUCCCAAACUUAGGGGUCAGGAGAGCUGCGGGGUGUCUUGUAGGAGGCUGUGGGGAGUGUAGUCUGUGCUGAUGGAUAAGGGUGACCACUUCUCUUGGCUUGCUCAUGACACCAUGUGGACCAAGGCCAGCCCAUCCCAAGCACUCUGUGGUUAGGCCUCAGCAGGAGCAACACAGUUGUCCUAUGUGUGGCUGAACAAUGGAGUGAACUGAGAAUGACAUCUGUGUGGUCGACCCAAGGUGCAACACACUGAUGAAGUCUUGAUACCAAACAUCACAGGCCACUAGCAGCAUAACCAGUUGGAGAGCCCAGCUCACCUCUCCUUCCUGAAUUUGUGUAUGUGGGACUGAGCCUGCAGCCUGUGGGCAGCUGGACUGAGUCUGGACCAGUUGAUUUAUCACAGAUCCUGACUUCCUGCCUGUAUUAAGUCAGGCUCAAGCUGAUAAGACAUGUUCUGCCCUGUCCUGCACCAGCUAUAAUAGUUUUCACUUAGUCUCAUUGAAACAUUGCUAAACAGUUCUUGUUGUGUCUUGACAACCUUCAUGCAAUUUGGAGCACCUUGAGGGUUUGGCAGAGAACCUGCCUGUGGGACUUCAGCUUCAGACUAGACAUGGGCUGGGGCUACUGGUGCAGUUUGCAUCUGGGCUGAUGGGAUGAUCAGUGCAUACUUAGAGUCUGAUAAGUGAAACAGCCUUCCAGGCAUGACUCUUCAAGAUCACAAAAAGCGGAAGCACUUCUGGGAUGUUGCUGUUGAAAAAAACCCAAAGAGGUGCUCUUCUAGCAGUUGCCACCCAGCUCAGGGUGUGAGGUGCCCCUGGGGGAGCAGAUCUCUUUGAUGUGGGAGUGGGCUGAGGAAAUCUGGGGCAUUCGGCUUAUCUUGACCCAUCCCACAUAGCUAAGGUGUACCUACUUAACCGGUUACGUCUGUGCACUUGCCCAGUGAGCUGUCUGGGGUAGGCAGGAAAGCCCAGCCCAAACAGAAUAACAGACAUGGGAGAUCUGGUUCCCAUCUCCUUCCUGGCUGCUGCAUGCCUCAGGGCCUGUCCUACCCAGCGGUGUCUCCCAAAGGCUGAGUGAGCUCUGCGUGAACAGGGGCAGCUCUGGUUGUGGUCCUUGGCUUGGCCUGUUCCCUGCCAAGAUGAGGUCUUUGUGGUCUGAAACUCAGCUAGAUGCCAAUCCCCACUGUCAGCUCUCUCUGGGGCCUCCACCUCUCUCCUUUGCCCCUCUUGGGUGCCUGCCUUGCAGCGUGUGCCGGGAUGGGGUGCAUGUAUUUUCUCCUGUUUGGAUGCUGGAUAUCGUCUGUCCUCCCCUGUGCUGAUGGCUGCUGUCCUCUGUGCUCAGCUGAGCUGCCCCUAUCCUGAGGGCAGGAGUGCAGGAAGGAGGCAAGGGAGGGGUGCAGGAGAUCCUCGGCUUUGCAAUACCCUGGAGAGAGUUGUGGUUGCUGCUCUUCUGGCUGGAGAGGCCCUCAGUGCUAGUGAGGGGUGCUGGUGGGGGGACUGAGUGGGUGGAUGGAUGGUGAAGGCUCAGAGGCUGCUCUGCGGGGCCACGCUACGUGUGAGACUCGUAAAGAAGCAGCGAGUCCCAGCGCUCCAGUGCAGACAGGGAUCUGGAGAGCCUCUUGCAGCACUUUCCUAAGAAAAUGAAGCUUGUGUGAGUGAGUCUGUUCCCUCGAGCUCUGAGCUCACCGCAGCCAUGCUAGGCAGAAGCAGAAGUCCCAGAGAUAUGAAGAUCCCUCAAAUCUCAUGAAAACAGGAGGCCAGAGAGGUGAGAGACCCUUUUAGUGCAGCAGCUGGGGGACAUGAAAGCUCAACCAUAUCAGCCCCUAGAGAAUCCGUGGGAACAGUGAACUCAGGCUGCAAAUCCGCAUGGAUGGGGUCUUUGCAUUAAGCCUCUCCAACCUAGCGGAUGGCAGUCUCUUUCCCCCUUGUGUGCCAGCCACGCAUUGGGCUGGGAUGUGGCGGGGACAUGGGUUCUCCCACUCGCUUUGGGUGCUGGGGCUCCCCGGGCUCUGGGGCUCCUAUGCUGAAGGCAUAGGCAGUGAUCUUGUAGGGAUUUGGAAACUGUUCAGCGUCUCGGGUUGGGGAGAGGUGAGGGGCAGUCCAGCUUGUCCCAGAAAGCACAGGCAUGAAGGCUUGGCUGGUGCAUGUCCCAGUGGCAACCCUGGAAGGGGAUAACCCACAGCCUGAGCCAUGCCUGCCUUGGCUGGCUCCCAGGCACUGCCAAUCCCGGAUGCCUGGGCAGAGAAGGGAUGGGGCAGCACAUAGAGGCGAAGAGCACGCCCUGGGCUGGUCCCUCGUUCCCAAUCCCGGGGUAAAUCGCUUCCCUUAGCGCUGCAGGGAGCAGCCCCGAAGGACAUAGCUCUGCACCCAUAAAUACCCCAAAAGGCUCUGGGCCGCAAGGGGCUCUGCCUGCCCCCAGCCCAGCCUGUAGCCCGAGGGCCGAUUCUCUUUCCAGGGAAAAGCUGGUGGCCCACCUUGUCCAGGGCAGGCCAGGAGCCUACCUGGUGUGCCUGUACGAGCUGUCCCUCCGGUGGCUUGGUGGCUCUCCUAGGGUCCCCAGCCGAUGCGGUGCCUGCAGACAGCAUCCUCCCCUCUCCGCGCCCAGCGUCGUGCAGGCUCGGCACGGUCCGGGGGGAUAUUGCUGUAUUGCAGCACCAUCUAGUGCUCUUGGCUGGGGAAGCCGGACGCCAGCGCGCUCCCCCCAGAACUACUCCAGUGUCGUGGGCACUGGCCGUGGGUCCCGUCAGCCCUGCGGGGUCCCGCCACCGAGGCCUCCCCCAGCGCGAUGGAGGAAGCGGCCUCGCCGGGGCAGGUGUUUGCCCCAUGCCCACGUUGUGCGCCGGGGAGCUUUCCUUCGCUUUUGCUAAGACUGGGACCCUGUAAAGCAUCGAAGGGUGCGGAGGCCGUGGCGUCUGUGAUUCCUGAGCCGAACCUGUCUGGCCUCAGCUGUCGCGUGUGGCUCUGCUUCCCUCCCCCUGGAGACCAGGUCCCAGCGCAGACAUUGGGCCACUUUGCUCUUCUGAACGGCUAAGUGAAUCCACUCUGCCAAGCUGGCGUUGGCAGGGUUUCUGCCCCUGCCAUAUUGGGCUUGGGAUCCAGCUGUCCAAGAGGCUGUCCAGAUGGAGCCAGGCUUCCCUGGCCCUGCUUCCCGCUCGCGGGGACGGGAGAGGCCCCAGGGGACAGAGGAGCGGGGUAAGGGGGCAAAAGCCGGCGCUCACCUUGCAGCCUGUCAGCCCUGGCUGCGUGCCCCUGCCGCGUGCCGCCACAGUAAGAGUAGCGAAGCAGGCACCGAGCGUAACGUGGCCCCGGGCUGUUUGCGUGCCUUUUGUUCCCGGUAACCUCCGUGGAUCGGAUAAUUAGCUGCGUUAGGGAGGCUCUGCUUAACCGCCUGAGCGUUAUUGGGCAGGGCAGAUCUGGGGCAGCUUGCCAGCGGGAGCCCCGCGCCAGCUCUUGCGGGCACUCUGGGAGCGAGAGUGCGGCCCCGCGGCUGCGAAGGCUCCGGGCGAAGACCUGGCCGCAGGGCAGAGGAGGCGACGCUUGGUUUGUCCAGCAGCAUCCCCAAGCUCCCCCCUCCAUCGAGGGGCUGCCCGUCUUGGCCGGAGGCAGCACUGGGGCUGGUGCUGGGUGUCCCGACACUGCUGCUCUGCCACCGUCGGCUGGUUUCCCCCGGCAGCUGAAGCCGGCUGCGAGGGCUUGGUGUCCGCGGCCGUGAACCGCGGGAGCAUCCAGGGCCACUGCCCCGCGUGGCGCUGGGGACGGCUGGUGGCCGAGGCCUCUUGCCCGGGCAGGGAGCCAGCGCGGCUGCUCGGGGACCUGCUGCAGCAUCGUUUUGGACCAAGAUCCUAGCAGGGGGCUGCGCCGGCUCCUCUUCUCCUCCCGCUGCCGGGCCGGGCUGAGGGCCCAAGUGGGCCGAACCCAGCCUGGCUGCGAGCGAUUUCCCACGGAGCCACUUGAGGGCAGCAAUGACCUGCUGCUGAGCCACCGGCGCAGGGAGCUGGGGCUAACCGGGUGCACUGGGAGCGCCAGCGAGACGGGACUGGGGACACGGUGCCAGUGGGAGGGCUGCAGGCAGAGGCGGGUGCUGAGGCCCGGCUGGCCACAGGAGGCCUUCGCCUAAGAUGAGGAUGGCUCCGGUUCGGCCCGGCUGCCCUGGGGAUGGCUCCAGGUUGCCGCUGUGGAUAGCUAAGUGGUGUCACCAACGGGAGGCAGAGCUGCGGGGAUUUGGGUCUUUCCCUAGGAGGGUGAAGUGGAAGAGGAAGAUGAAACCCCCCAGCCAGUCCGUGCAGCAGCCUCCCUCCACCGUCCAGCACCUACAGCCAUGGGGUUGCCUGGCCUCCUGCAAGGUGUCCUGCACCUCUCAGAGCGGCUCUGAGCGAGGAGGGACAGUGGGAUGGGAGGGAAGUGACAUCGUUGCAGCCCCAGGCAGUGGCAGGGCUGAGUCAGGGCGUCGCCAAGGGCCGCAGAGCGGCCAGGGAAGUCCUGUGGCCAAUUCAGUGCCCGUGCAAGCCCCUUCCUUCCAGGGGAUCUCUUCUAGCCCAGCUCACCUCUGUGCAAGGCAUGAUCACAAGAGCAGCGUACCCCUGACAGGCAUCUCCAGCCAGGAUGGGUGUCACGGGAGCCAGGAGCACAGCAGCACCCUCCGCCCAGAGCUCCUGCGGCUGCCUGAAUCCAUGCCGAGCCCUUGGCACGGCAGUGGGCUGGAGUGUGCACAGCUCUCUAAGGAGGGCAUCGCCCUGCAGACGCUUUCUUUGCCAAGAAGGUUAAUUAGGUGCAAGAAUUCAAAGCUUGUUUGGAAAAAAAAAAAAGCAUUCAGAUUGGAUUCAGUUGCUGCUCCUGUUAGAAGUCACGUGAGCAUCGCUCUGUUAUUAAGCUCACAUGCUCCCUGCCGCUUGGUUGUAGCUCAGCUUGUCAAAAGGAAACACAUCUCCCUGCCUGUGUGGCUGAGGCAAAGUGCUCAUGUGCCCUGCUGCAGUCACAGUUGUAAUACCAAAAUACAGUGUAAACAGUGCCACGUGCUAAGACAGCUCAGACUGCAAGGCAGCGGAGCGGAGACUCUACUAUCAUACCUGGCCUGUGCAGCGUUUUUCUGUGUUGGAAAUGUGGUUCGAAAGUGGGAUUGUAUCAGGAGCCCAGAAAUUUGGAGCCAGUUGCAGAUCAGCCAGCUCCAGGCACAUAUAUCUGAGCAUUGCUGGUCCCCAGCACCCUCUCCUCUUUGACCCUUGUAGAAGGAGAUAUUGCUGUCACUAGGCACAGUUCAGGAUGGAUCCAGAACCCCGUUUCGGUUGGUCUCUGUGUCAUGGUUGGCCUAGCACAGGUCAUGCUGCUGAGAAGGCUCUGCCCUGAGAGUCCAGCCAGCUGAAAUCCGUCUGUAAGGUAUUGUGAGAAAGCUGCUACAAUGGAUAAUGCUCUUCUCAUGGGGAUUAAUGAUCCAACAUCCGUUUACGUAAAAAUAUGAUUUAUGCUUUAAACUCCCUCCCACAUACACCCAGUGGCUGAACUUAGGAUCUGAAAUGAUGCGUUUAAUUUCCUUGUGAUUCCCCAGACAAUUUCAAGCCCAGCCACAGGACAGGCUGACCAAGGUGUCAAGUGAUCGUAAAGCUGCCUGUGAUGUUUAAGAGCAGGCGCUAAAGGUACACACUUCCCAAGAUAUAUAUUUAUUAAUGCUAAUUCUAAAUGACACAACAGGAUAGUGUAGCUGCAAGGUUUGAGAAGCCUGUCGUAGCAGAAAUGCCUCCACAUGUCAUUAAAGCCAUGCACGCGUGCAGAUUGUGGGUACCAGCAACAGUAGCCCCAGACAGGUUUCAUGUAGCACAGCCCAGCACAGGACCGAUGCUGGCAGACUCAGGAGAGCGCAGGUUUUGCAGAGGUUUGAGUGUCCCCUGGAACCAGGAAAAGCAGAACAGUGCAGUGCUGGCCAAGAAACCUGGCUCAGCAGUGGCUGGGCAAACAGAACAAACUGUCCUGAGAGACUAAAGGACAGAAAUGAGGCCAAGGACAAACCUUGCCCAUGGUCAUAGUAGUCAGGAAACGUCUCCUACAUGGUCG